AUGCUGCUUCUCGUGAAGAUCGAGUUGAUCGACUAUUGUGCUAGUGAUGAAGUGAUGAAGAUGCUGUCACCAUUCAUUAACUUGGAAGCAUUAGCAGAAGAAGCAGCAAAAGAGACAACAGAAGACAAAGGUGCUGCUAGACCUGUUGACACCACAUACCCCUUGGCUUUAGUGGAAAUGAAUGCUUUGCUGCAGAUGUACCAAGACUGUCGCUCACAGCAAUCUACAAAGCUACGCACAUGGUGUAUUGGCAAUGACAAGGAUCCAUUCUUGGAUGAAAAGUACCAUCAUGAAGAACACUGCCCACGUGGAAUCCUGACACAUCCAUGUACAGGUCGCGUGCUCCAUUCCAACAGUAGCGUGAACAAACAUGAUAUCGAGUUCUUGUGGCGGUGGAAAGGAAUACAGUGUGAUAUAUACACGGACCCAACUACGGUGACACACAUCUAUCUUCCAGGUGAGAGCUUAACAUGUGAAUUGGCCAACGUGGACCUAAGCGUUAUGGUGUCACUGGAGCAACUGGACCUAUCAGAUAAUCAGCUUUAUGGAGGGUUUCCAGCGUGGCUAGGCGACAUGACAAUGUUACGGCUAUUGAAUGUCGCAAACAAUAAGCUAACAGGAGAUAUCCCGCCGUCUUUUGCUGGAAAUGAUGCCCUCGAGCUGAUAAACGUUUCCGGAAACGGUCUCUCGGCGUCAACACUCGGAUUUUUCGAUGCGUUUCAUCGUCUUCAACACCUCGACCUAUCGUCUAACACGUUCGCGAUGGAGCUGUCAAGUAACUUGUUUUCGAGCCCAUUCUUGCGAACGAUAAAUCUCAGUAACAAUGCAUUCGACGGAGAGCUGACCCAGUUGCCCAUUUUUCAAUAUAUUGAAUCAUUUGAUGUGUCCUCCAAUUUACUUACGGGCACGAUUCCGCCGGAACUUUCGUUAUGGGGUCGCGAAGACCCACACGACCCUGACGAGAACUCAUCCCUGGCCAUUAUCGAUUUGUACAACAAUUUUUUUACGGGUGAUCUUUCUGUGCUAUCGAACCAAUCGGUGCUCCAACGAUGUGAUGUUCACGAUAACAAUUUCGGUGGCUUUCUUCCCGAGUUUCCUCCUUCAUUGCUCGACUUUAUAAAGCCGUCGAUGUUUGAUGGAAAUGCGUUUAUGUGCCCCAUACCUGUCACGCUGCUACCGAGCAAUCUCACAUGUAUUUGCGGUAAUGGACAUACGAUCACGUCGAAUCUUGUUACAGAAUUAUCAAGGCAUGAAAAAGUUACCGCACGAGUUCCUGCAAACCGAGCUACCGAAAUCUGUGUACCAUGCUACGAAGGCUUAUACUCGAACGCAACGACAAAUCAGAAGUGCCUUCCGUGUCCAGCGGGAGCUGUGCCCAGUAAAGAGGCUGAUCACUGCAAGCCUUGUCUCCCUGGUAGCUUUUCCAAUGUAAGUGGUGCUCAAUUCUGCUCACCAUGCUCGCAUGGAAAAUUUGCAGACGGCAUUGGUGCGGCUUUGUGCAGCCCAUGCAACCCAGGACAGUUUGCAGCAGAUCAAGGCUCGACAAAGUGUGAUGAGUGUCCUGUAGGAACCUAUUCUGAAUUGAAAGGAGAAAAAGUGUGCACGCCAUGCCCAGCAGGAACUUAUGCAAGUGCUAAAGGAGAAGCAGAAUGUUUAAUGUGCUCGAAAGGCACCUAUCAAGAUGUGGCUGGAUCGGCAGAUUGUAAGGCUUGUCCAAUCGGGUAUAUCGCGCCUCACCAAGGUCAUGCAAAGUGCUCGCCAUGCUCCCCUGGCAGCUUUUACGACGCUCUCCACACAACAUGUACGCUUUGUCAUGCUGGGACAUUCACUGGGACACCAGCACAGACUGAGUGCAUCAAGUGCGAAAACGGAACAGUUGCAGAAGGUUUUGGCAAUGACAAAUGUCUUAGUGUUGCAAUUCCUGAAUUGGGAUAUACCACUACAAAUACUGCACUGAAGUGCGGCUCAGGGACAUUCAACGAUGGUACAUGGAGAACUUGCCAGCCGUGCCCACCAGGGACGUUUGCACCCAAUAGUAGUUCUCGGAUGUGUUCAUCAUGUGCUAAAGGCAGCUUUGCAUUCAACAACGGAUCAUCAUACUGUAAUUUGGCCCCUCCUGGAUCGUUCGUUCAGGUGGAAGGUGCAAUCCGAGCGGAACCGUGCCCACCGAACCAUUAUGCCGCUAAGAAUGGCUCUAUAACGUGCACCCAGUGCCAAUUGCCAUCAUUUAGCUUUCUGCCUGGUGGUAGUAAAUGCAUUCUUGCCAAGCCAGGAGAAGUGUACGAUCACGUGACAUGGCCAAGUUUUGCUUUAAACUUGGCAGGUGUUGAGCAACACGAUCUUCUCACAAAACGUAGCCAAGUUUCGCCCAUUGAUGUACUGAUUCAGACCUGGACCGAAACACUGACAAGCUACUCGGGUUUGAACUGUUCGCUGCACGUGUUACGAGUGCACCAACCUCUUGGCUCAGCUGAAUUGACGGAAAUCAUUGUAGCUGUAGAGAUAACAACGCCAGUGUCGCCCAAGACACGAAUCGAUAACACGUUGGAGAAGGGGGUAAGUGACGCCAUUCAUCAAGCAACGAAGGCUGCUGAAAAUGCCUUGAACGAUUUAUUUGAUGAGCUCAAUAGAUCAGACACGAAAGAACCAAAGGACAUUGAUCAAGUUGCAGCUCUAAUGAGGUCAAACUCAUUUCAAAAUGCUCUAGUACGUCAGUUCCGCCGCACAAAUCUAUUGACUGGAGCAUUACCACUUAUCAUGGUAAACGUGUCACUAGUCGAACCGUCAUUUCGUUCGACUCGCGCAGUGGCGUGUGCAGCAGGCACAUUUUUUACUGUCAUUGACAAGUUUACGAGGAAGUGUCAACUUUGUCCUGUAGGUUCGUACUCAUCCACGAGUGGCGCAUUAAAGUGCAAACCGUGUCCUCGAGGGACUUUUUCUGCCAAGGAAGGAAUGGAAUCAUGUACAUUGUGUCCAUUAGGUGCCGAUGCAGCACCAGGUGCUUCGUCUUGUGUGGAAUGCUCGUGGUUGACAUAUGAGUGCAAAGGUUUCUGGCAAGACUUGAUCAUCGCUGUUGGUAUUGCUGCUGGUGUGCUCCAUUUUCUCUACAAGAGAAUGCGUCAAUUAUGCAUGGGUGACCAAGCUCAGCGGCAGCAAGACGAUAGUGUGGCGUUAAUGGCAGCUAUUCGAGCUCAUGGUCGCACUUUAGAUGGUGUGCGAUAUGCUCCGAUGGGCAUGAUUUCAGCGGACACGAUGCUUGGCAUUUUCCCUGGGACUGAAAACGUUCCGUGA